UUAUCUCGUCCUAGUCUUUCCUAUGACUUCAACCAUUCCGUACAUAUCACUUGGGAUGUUCCUUCAGAGCUGACGCCCCUCUUUUCACUCUCUUUUACCUCACCUGUGUUAGGCGUGAGGUCUGUGUUCAUUACCUAUGCUGGAGGAAGGGGAUUUCUUAGGAAGAAACGUGCAUUUCUAAUUUCAUUUUUCGGAUUUUAGUGUAUUAAAAAGUUUGUCAAACGGGGAUUUCAGUAUAGGGGAUUAAAUUUGUUUUUUUUUCUUUAAAAAAACGGUGACACGAAAUAACGUGUGCACCACCGCCAUUUCACAAUGGAUAUCUCUUUCACGAAAACGACCGAAGAAGUGUGUGCACACUUUGGUGUAGAUGAAAACACAGGAUUAUCAGACGAACAAGUUAAAAGAAAUACAGAAAAAUAUGGACCAAACGAGCUCCCAGCUGAAGAAGGAAAGCCUCUUUGGGAGCUUAUAUUGGAACAGUUUGAUGAUCUUCUAGUUAAGAUUUUACUUCUUGCUGCUAUUAUUUCUUUUGUUUUAGCUUGGUUUGAAGAAACAGAGGAACAAGUAACAGCCUUUGUUGAACCCUUUGUCAUUCUAACUAUUUUGAUAUUAAAUGCAGUUGUGGGAGUCUGGCAGGAACGUAAUGCUGAAAGUGCCAUUGAAGCAUUGAAAGAGUAUGAGCCUGAAAUAGCUAAAGUAAUCCGUAGCAGCUCUAAGGGUGUGCAGAAAAUCCGGGCUAGCAAGCUUGUGCCUGGAGACAUUGUUGAAGUCUCAGUUGGUGAUAAAGUCCCUGCAGAUAUUCGCCUUCUCAAAAUCCAUUCCACAACAUUGAGAGUUGAUCAGGCCAUUCUUACUGGUGAAAGUGUGAGUGUUUUGAAGCACACUGAACCCAUCCCUGACACCAGGGCUGUCAAUCAAGACAAAAAGAACAUCCUCUUUUCUGGUACUAACAUUGCCACAGGAAAAUGCAGAGGAAUUGUUAUUGGAACAGGUCUAGCCACAGAAAUAGGAAAAAUUCGAAACGAAAUGAUGGAAACCGAGACAGAGAAAACCCCCCUCCAGCAGAAACUUGAUGAGUUCAGUAAUCAGCUCUCAAAGGUCAUCACCAUCAUUUGUGUUGCUGUGUGGGCCAUCAACAUUGGGCAUUUCAAUGACCCUGCUCAUGGUGGAUCCUGGAUGAAGGGAGCUAUAUAUUAUUUCAAGAUUGCUGUAGCUUUGGCAGUGGCUGCUAUUCCUGAGGGUCUUCCUGCUGUUAUCACAACUUGUUUGGCUUUGGGUACCCGCAGGAUGGCUAAAAAGAAUGCUAUUGUCAGAUCCCUUCCCUCUGUUGAAACCCUUGGUUGCACUUCUGUCAUUUGCUCUGAUAAGACUGGAACACUGACUACAAACCAAAUGUCAGUAUGCAAGAUGUUUAUUUUCAGCCAAGUGGAAGCUAACACCAUUAAGACACAGCAGUUUGACAUCACUGGUUCAACCUAUGCCCCAGAAGGAGAAUUGUUGAUCAACAACAAAGUUGUUAAAUCCAGUGACUUCCCUGGACUUGAGGAGAUUGUUACCAUUUGUUCUAUGUGUAAUGACUCCAGUGUAGAUUAUAAUGAUACCAAAGAUAUCUAUGAGAAAGUUGGUGAAGCCACUGAGACAUCACUGACAGUGCUUGUGGAAAAACUGAACUUCUAUAACACAGACAAAUCAGGCUUGACAAAACGGGAAAAGGGAACAGUUUGCAAUCAUGUCAUUCAGGAUAUGUGGAAGAAAGAGUUCACUUUAGAGUUUUCUCGUGAUCGCAAAUCCAUGUCAGUUUACUGUGUGCCCAACAAACCAGCUAAGACUCCAGGUGGUGCUCGCAUGUUUGCAAAGGGUGCCCCAGAAGGACUUCUAGAUAGAUGCACACAUGUUCGUGUUGGGGCAAACAAAGUCCCUAUGUCCCCUGCUAUUAAAAAUGAGAUUAUGAAACUUACUAAGCUAUAUGGAACAGGUCGGGACACCCUUCGUUGUCUAGCUCUUGCAACUAUUGAUAACCCACCAAGAAGAGAAGACAUGGAUUUGGAAGAUGCAAGAAAAUUCAUCCAAUAUGAGACAAACAUGACGUUUGUAGGUGUAGUUGGCAUGUUGGACCCUCCUCGCGAGGAAGUGAAGUACUCAAUCAAAGCCUGCCGUGAUGCUGGUAUUAGAGUGAUUGUCAUCACUGGUGACAACAAGGCUACUGCAGAAGCUAUUUGUCGUAGAAUUGGUGUUUUCGGCGAGAAUGAGUCAACUGAAGGCAUGUCCUAUACUGGUCGAGAGUUUGAUGACUUAAGUGUUGAAGAUCAAAGAGCAGCUGUUAUGAGAGCUCGCUUGUUUGCUCGUGUGGAACCAGCUCACAAAAGUAAAAUUGUAGAAUUCUUGCAAGGAGAAGGAGAAAUUUCGGCCAUGACAGGUGAUGGUGUGAAUGAUGCUCCAGCCCUGAAAAAGGCAGAAAUUGGUAUUGCCAUGGGUUCAGGAACUGCCGUAGCUAAAAGUGCAGCUGAGAUGGUGUUGGCUGAUGACAACUUUGCCACUAUCGUAUCUGCUGUAGAGGAGGGGCGAGCCAUCUACAAUAACAUGAAACAGUUUAUCAGAUACCUCAUUUCUUCCAAUAUUGGUGAGGUUGUCUGCAUAUUCCUGACUGCUGCUUUGGGUAUUCCUGAAGCCCUUAUUCCUGUUCAACUUUUAUGGGUUAACUUGGUAACAGAUGGUAUGCCUGCCACAGCACUUGGAUUUAAUCCCCCUGAUCUGGACAUCAUGAAGAAACCACCCAGGUCACCAAAGGAGGGUCUAAUUACUGGCUGGCUAUUCUUCAGAUACAUGGCUAUUGGCAUUUAUGUGGGAUGUGCCACUGUUGGAGCUGCAGCUUGGUGGUUUAUGCUGUAUGACAAGGGUCCUAAACUCAAUUAUUAUCAGCUGACCCAUCACAUGCAGUGUCCAGCUGAACCACGGAUGUUCAAGGGUGUUGAUUGCAGUAUUUUCCAGGCACCAGAGCCUAUGACAAUGGCUCUGUCUGUAUUAGUAACCAUUGAGAUGCUCAAUGCCCUCAACAGCUUGAGUGAAAACCAGUCUCUGAUCUUGAUGCCACCCUGGACAAACAAGUGGUUGAUGGGAGCCAUCUGUCUUUCCAUGUGCCUCCAUUUCUUUAUUCUCUAUGUGGAUGUCAUGUCUGUGAUCUUCCAAAUUACUCCUCUGAACCUUGAGGAAUGGGUAGCAGUUAUGAAGAUCUCCAUCCCAGUCAUCAUACUAGAUGAAACUCUGAAAUUUGUUGCCCGCAAGUUUGCUGACGUCAAAUCAUAGCAUGGUGUUUCAAGCUACAAAAAGAUUAUCCUGGAUUCUUUUGAGCAAGGAAAGAGCAACAAGUUGUCUAGCAAGUUUAAAACCAAAUUUUAAAAUGUUAAAAAAAAACUUGAUGUCCAGGUUUGAGAAGACUCCUGGCUUCUCUGUAUUUCAAAUAGAUGGCAAUAUAAAACUAGUUGUCCAGAUGUUAAACAAUUCAAAUUAGAAAAGCAAAUGUGGUCUGCUAGUUGAGCAGUGGAAGCUGUCUCCUUCUUUUGAUGUUUUCCCUCUUACCAUCCGUGCUGUCUGCUGCUGCUGCUGCUGCCCGCUAUCGCUGCUGCGAUGCCAACAACGUUGCGCUGAUGUGCAGUUUGAUGCGGUCUGUGGCACUCCACAUCUUUACCACCAGGCUUGUAGCGUGUAGACUUAUGCAACUCAUUUGUUUUUUUUACUUGAACAUGCAAUCUAAAAGUUUCUUUUGUUUCAAUAGUAAAUUAAAAGACCAGACUUUGUAUCUUGUUCAAUUGUAUUGACUUAGGAAAAAUUUGACAGUAUACAAGUGACCACAAUUACAUUUACUAGAAAAAAAACAACAAAAAAUGUAAGAAUUUUUUUAAAUGUUGGAGCUAAUUGUUACCAAACCAUUGAAGGUGAUUAAUGUCAACAUUUCAAGUGUAUAUCUCUAUUUAUUGACAUCACCAUGAACUUGUACCUCUGUUUUGAUCUCUCAUACAUCCUGUUUAGUCAUCUCCACCAGUCAGGUAUCUCAUUGUAAUAUCAGCAGUCCAAUCCACCAACUCCCAAAAGCUAUUGUUAUGUAAGGUAGAUGAUAUCUAAACUAACCAGUUUCAUUUCAAUAGGACUAUUGAAACAUUUGAAUGGACUGUUUUUGUAAGGGUGACAUUUCCAUGAACUGUUGACAAUGCCAUGUACAGCCUCCCUAUGUUGUUCACCAACUCUUAUGUCAAUGACCAUACAAUUUUCUCACUUUCUCCCAUCUUUUGUUUUUUCCCCGCGUUUUUCCAGUGCCUGUGACCCGAGAUGACACCUACAAGAGAUUCAAGUAAAACAAGAUUGUCCCCAAUUUCUCAACGCUUAUCCCCUUACUCUAGUUAAAGUCUGGGACAAGUCAGAGCUGAAACUUUGUGGCAUCUUGUCUGUAGAGAGGGUCAACAGAUGAUCUUUCAAUGUUCUAUUCAAACAGUUGAUUCUAUUUUUAUACUUGCCUGGGUCAGAUAUUGCUGUAGUUUAAUGCCAGUGAGAAAUGUUUACACAUGUGGUCUAUAAGAUAAGAGUGAAGAAUCCCAGGUGGGUGCUGACCACUUGCUUAUGGUUAUGAUUACAUCCAUGUUUUCCUGUAUGCAAUAACAUUCGUUCAUGUAGAAGAAUUUAUUUGAAUCUUAUUUAAUUGUUUAAGUCAAGAGAAAGUGAUAAAACUACCUGUCAAGGAUAUUGUUUGACCAUAUGAGUUCCUUGAACUGCUCUUAUUGAGUAAGUUAUAAUUGCCAUACAACUAGUAUUACCAUUUGAUUUUGUCAUAUCAUUUUAUAAAAAUUUAUAUGAAGACUUAUUCAGGCCCAAGUCAUUUUUUUUUACUAGAAAAAACCACUUAAUUAAAUAUUGCUAAUUGAACUAGAUUAUUCUAAAGAAAACAUAUCACUCUCCCCCCCCCCCCCCCCCCCCAUUCCCUUUAUUCUUAUGCAAGUAGUUGAAAGCUUGUGCUCAAUUCCUGCACCCCACUGUUGAUUCUUAUGUCAAUUCCAGUAACUCAAAUAUUUAAGAUAGACAGUACUAAAGAGAAUCUAGUGACAUAAUUGGAAGAGCAUCCAAGAUCUUGCUUAAAGAGAUGAGACUUGUAAAUAAAAAUUUCAUGGCUUUUCAUCACAUUUCAUUUAUAUUUUUUCUCCAUUAGCAUUCAUGUGUACUGCCUCCUCUCCAAUUGACAUUUUUCAAAAUCCUCAUAUUUUAUGAAUAUAUUCAAAUCUGGCUAGUUUAGUUCAGAGCAAUUGAUUUUGGUGAUUGAAAGAAGAGAAAAUGUGCACAUUACCUACUAAUUAGCAAAUUCAGAUUGCAUUGCACAAAGCAAUUUGGUUUCUUAAGUAGUGGAAAAGAUCUGACAUGACAUUUCAUUCUUAGAAUGCAUAGCUGUGAAGUUGUUAUGGAGAUGAAAUCAAAUUGCUUUCAUCUAGAAAUGGAGAAUUGACACUGAACACCCUACAUGUUAAAUGUUAUUUCUAUUUAUUACUGUUGUGUUUCUAUUUUUGGAUUGCCAGAUUAGCUGGAAUGUUGGACAUGAUAAUCUUGUCAACUCCCCAUCCCCUCAAGAUGAUUCAUAUUGUUAUAUGUCAGCCAUCCCCUUCCUUUCUACCUAUGGUAAAGAAGAGAGUUAUGUCAUCAAUCUAUUGCAAGAGACCUGUGAGAAACUAUUUAUUUCCUAGUGUGUCCUCCACAACUGCCAGGAUUACCUGCGUGUACAGUCCUUUAAUAGAGCUGUGUUUUAUACUCUAGUGAUUUUUAACAUGUUGUUUCAAGAUUAAAAUCUAGUACAGUU